AUGUCCCGUUUUCCCAGCAGUCUUGACGAUAUAACCGAUCCGUCAGACUUUAGAACGAGCAAGAUACCGGCACUAGAAGAGUUGGAUGUUUUGGAAAGAUGCUACAUCUGCAAGGAGUUUUUCAAUGCGCCUGUCAUCACGUCUUGCAAUCACACUUUUUGCUCGCAGUGUAUUCGAGAGUACUUGAUCACUAACAACUCGUGUCCCUUGUGCAAAAGCGAAGUUUACGAGAGUAAUUUGAAGAAGGAUGGACUUUUGGAGGAGAUUGUGCGAUGCUAUGCUAGGAUUCGGCCGUAUUUGUUGAGCGAGUUGAGAAGGGGUGAUGAGGGCGCCUCGCAUGAUGUUCUGAAUGCGGCAAAUGGCGGUGAGCUGGCCGACGCAGGGGCAACUGCUUUACGGAAGUUGGCCAAUUCCGAUGCUGUCGUUAGAAAUACCAAUGAGGAAGCAGGUGAUGAUGAUGAUGGUGGUGAUGAACCCGCGCUGAAACGGCGAAAAGUUGAUGUUGUUGAACCUAUUGAUGACGGUUUAGUUGCGUGUCCUGUUUGCUCGCGACGAAUGACGGCAGGAAAGUUGCAAGGUACGCAUUUGGAUGCUUGCUUGAGUGGCCAAGCUUCCAAGCCGGCUAGUCCGCAUCCCGUGGGCAGGUCUAAAAAGCAACCGAUUUCAUCAUUUUUUCAACAUGUAAAUACACCCUCGCCUCCCCCGGCUCCACUGGCUCCACUGGUGUUGCCCGUUUCGAAAGACCUUUCAGCUCGUCUUGAAGAAAGUUCCCGACACCCUCCAAAAGAAGCCAAACGACUAGCAAAACUAGACUUUGCCUCACUCAGUACCGUGAAACUAAAAGAAAAAUUGGCACAUUUGCAUCUCCCCAUGAGUGGCAAUCGCAACCAACUCGAGUUGAGAUACAACCAAUAUUUUGUUCUUUUCAACUCCAACAUUGAUAGUAACCAUCCCGUACUGGAAAGAGUGUUGCGGCAAAGGCUCCACAAGUGGGAACUAUCGCAUCUGAGCUUUAGCAAAAAAAGCGGCAGUUCUGGGUUUGGCAAUGGACUGCUUAGCAGUCGCUCGAUUAGCGAUAAGAAUUUCCUGGUCAGUGAGUGGACUAGUGAGUAUAAGCUGGAAUUUGACGACUUGGUGAAACUGGCGAGAAAAUCAAUGUCGAAUAAAGUUGCCCUGAAUAAGGAUGGCAUUUUGAAAAACAAGGAAGAACAAGAACAAGAACAAGAACAAGAAGAGGAUGGAACGACUGAUGUUCAAGCCGAUGCACAAAGUGAGUCAAAAAGUGAAUCCAAUGGGCAUUCUGGUGAAACUCAUGCAGAGAAGGAGCCUCAACCUGGAGAAAGCGUGGAGAAAGCAACAGCUGGUGAAGUUCAAGAUCUAGAGAGUAGUUUUCUUUUUGAGGAUUGA